GGCCAUGCAGUGCUAGGUGGCGCCGCUGUUCGCUGCCGCAUGUAGUUACCGACGUCAGACCGUGCGCCGGGCGAAAGUCGGUCCGGCGUCGGACGAUAUGUGAUGACAUCAUUGUUUCGUCGCAACGUCCCAGCCUAGCGACCGGCCAAAUAGCAUUAUGGACGAUGACCGCGAUACAUCUGUAUAGGAUUCGCGAAAGAGCAGCCGGACAACAUUAUUGGGAUACAAACGUCGUGUCGGUCGAUGAGGAGAACGGUCUUUUACAAAAUAAUCACCGUCAAGUGAUGUGAUCAUUGCUGCCUCGGUAAUCGUGACUUUGACAUUGACUACCAUGUCGUUACCCCAGAAUGCCCUCGACCAUUCCUUCAACUUACCAAAGCGACUCAGACCGCCAAAUCUUACCUUUACCAAUGAAAGAAAACCUGUUUCCUCGAUACAGAUCCAAGCCGACUCUCCCACUGACCUCUCAGACGAGGAGGACGACGACAUUCUCAAACUCGACUCGGGCGAUUCUUCCCCUUCAACCUCUCCCAUGGCACCCAUGCUCAGUUUCUCCUCAUCAGACGAGGAUGCUACCUCCGACGAUAUCAACCAGGGAUUUGCAGCUCUCGAACAAUUGCGAAAGAGCGUUCAGAAGAACCUCCGUCUACGGCCUAUUCGUUCGCAUGCUUCUCUCAAUAGCGCCAAGAUGUGCUCUUCAUUCGGAUCCUUCUCGCCUCAUCCCGUAAGGGAAGAGGUCGCCAGUCCGGCAUCCAGUACGGCUUCUUCGUACUUCACACCAACAUCAGAUGCACGGGACUCACCGUUAAGUGCUCGCUGGGUUGGCUCAAGUGCCUCUGAUUCGUCGUCUCUACCCCGGUCGCCAUCUCCGCAACAACGUCAGAGUCGUUCUGUCGACCCUGGCUGUCUAUAUGAGCGGCUGACAGCCCCAACCCGGCCCCUUCUAGUCGACACUCGGCCGCCCGCCGUACACCUGUCUUUCCAUAUCAAGCAUAGUAUCAACGUUGCGAUUCCGUCGCUCAUUCUGAAACGAUGUCGCAAACCUGGUGGAGGGUUCCAGUCCUUGGAUUCGCUGCGUCAGUUUAUUACCACAGAAGAAGGGAAGGCGGCGUGGGACGAGUUGAUGCGGCCCGGAGGGUCUUGGGACGGGGAUGUAGUUGUGUACGACGACGAGAUGGACGAGAAAGAUAGAGAGAACAUGGCUAUCACAGCUUGGGCACUGCUUUCUGUGAUACAGCCACUGCUAAGCUAUGGUAACGUUGAUUAUCUCAUUGGCGGCAUUUCAUCCGCAGGUCAUCACCCUGAUCUUGAAACGCUUAUCGUCUCAGGUGGCGGCUUGGACUUCGGGGACGAACCGGCUAAUACAGGGUCGAAAGGCGGAGGUUUGUUUCAGCUUGUUACAAACAAACCUUUUCAUCCAAAGUCUUCGCUCGAGAUUGAGCAAAAUUCUUCUUCUUCUUUCAUGUCGUCCACCGUUACAGCUCCGCCACGUUCUCCACUACCUCUGAUGCCCAUGACAUCCAAUUACAAGACGUCCAAUGUGAACGUCAUGGACGCCUCCCCUUCACCGCCGCCUUCACAAGUUACUUUUCGACGACCACCUCCACCUCGACGGCCUAGUGUGCCCAACCUUCGUCGUCUUGACACAAAAUCUGCUGAAAGGCUCAAUUUGUCCUUGCCCAAGCUGCAUGUGCGCACCGUGCCCAUAAAGUCUGCUACUCUUUCCGUCCCGCCAACUUCUCUAUACCCUCCAUCGCCCUCACAUCUAAAUCUUGCUCAUUCGAAUCAUACCCCACCUGCCUCAGCCCACUGGGUGACGUCUCCCGCAUCGCCUCUGUCGUCAGCUGAAAUUUUUUCGGCAUAUUUCACUCCACCGCAUACGCCAGGCACACCAAAAGGGUUCUACGUGCCCCCGUCACCACACACGGCACGCCCGGAGGACCAGCCACCCACCACUGAAGAACCGUUCCCGCCGUUCACCGUGUCGACAAUAUUACCCAAUUUUUUGUACUUGGGACCGGAGCUGACAUCGCCAGAGCAUGUAAAGGAGCUAAGGGAUCUCGGAGUGCAGAGGAUUCUGAACAUCGCAGCAGAGUGCGAUGCUGACGAUCACGGACUACGUUUGAAGAACGAGUUUGACAGAUAUUUCAAAAUCCCGAUGAGGGAUACCGUUGAGGAGGAGAAUAUCGCCCAGGGUGUUAGGGAGGUUUGUGAAAUUUUGGAUGACGCCAGACUUCAUUCGUCGCCAACGUACGUGCACUGCAAAGCUGGCAAGUCGCGGUCAGUAACUGCCGUCAUGGCAUACCUAAUACAUGCAAACCACUGGACACUAUCGCGAGCGUACUCGUUUGUGCUCGAGAGGCGGAAAGGGAUCUCUCCCAACAUUGGAUUCGUCUCUGAACUGAUGUCGUUUGAGGAAGAAGAGUUGGGAGGCAAGUCGGUGGGUGUGCAACCGCCUUCGACCAAUGGGGAUGGGAUAGACGGGGACGGGGGCGGCGGGAGCGGACACAUGAAUUACGCGGUGGCUGCUGGGAACCGACGGGGCGGACACGUGAGGGAGAGUUUGCCACCUGCGUUGCUGGGUGGGGAGCCCGGGCCGUUGAGCGCAGGCGGGAUGGAGAUGCGAGUAAUGGGUGAUUCUGGGCAGGAAGUGGAGAUCAAGGACGCGACGGGCCGGUAUCGACAUGCGAGACGAGCGCCGGUGGAUGAGACUACGCUUCAGCCAAUGCGAAGGGUCAGCAAGGCAGGCUUGGAGAGUUCAGUCAGCGUUUCAUAGCAUGAUUUAUCACUAAUUAUCUAUUGUGGUACCAUUUUUUCUUCUUACUUUCUUGGGUUGUUUUAUUAUGGAUUUUAUCUUUUUAUCAUGAGGUCAAGCUUGGGACUACAGUUUUUCCUUGCUUUUGCUUUCGUGUUUGUAUCCAAAAUUAUAAUGUAUACGCCCAAAAUGUGGAACUGUGAUAUUCCCAUAUGUUGACGUCAUCUUGAUG